GAAGCAAAAGUUGUGAUUGUUGGAGCGGGUUCCGCUGUCAUUGCUGCUGCCUCGAGGCUGUCGCAAAAUGGAAUGAAUGAUUUUGUGAUACUGGAGGCCAAUGAUAGGAUCGGUGGCAGAAUAUAUACCAAAGACUUUGGUAAAAAUGUGGUAGAUCUCGGAGCUCAAUGGGUCCUUGGAAAAUCUAAUGGAAAGCCUCUUAAAGCUAAAAACGUGGUGUACGAUCUUGCCUCCAAGCAUGGUCUGCUAAGUCCAGUGAAUCAAUUCGAUAAACGUGAAUUUGUCACUAUUAAUGGAAUAAUACCCGCCAAGGAAAGCAGCGAAGCUAUGUUGAUUCAUUCUAAUAUUCUGGAUAAUAUAAAGAAAAUAGAUUUCAAAGGAGAAAAAAAUACUUACGGAGAUUACUUAAUACAAGAGUGA